UGCAUGUACCUCUAUAGUGUAGGGGUCCGUGUAUAGCUCUAUAGUGUACAUGUGAAGUCUAGGGGUCCGUGUAUACCUCUAUAGUGUACAUGUGAAGUCUAGGGGUCCGUGUAUACCUCUAUAGUGUACAUGUGAAGUCUAGGGGUCCGUGUAUACCUCUAUAGUGUACAUGUGAAGUCUAGGGGUCCGUGUAUACCUCUAUAGUGUACAUGUGAAGUCUAGGGGUCCGUGUAUACCUCUAUAGUGUACAUGUGAAGUCUAGGGGUCCGUGUAUACCUCUAUAGUGUACAUGUGAAGUCUAGGGGUCCGUGUAUACCUCUAUAGUGUACAUGUGAAGUCUAGGGGUCCGUGUAUACCUCUAUAGUGUACAUGUGAAGUCUAGGGGUCCGUGUAUACCUCUAUAGUGUACAUGUGAAGUCUAGGGGUCCGUGUAUACCUCUAUAGUGUACAUGUGAAGUCUAGGGGUCCGUGUAUACCUCUAUAGUGUACAUGUGAAGUCUAGGGGUCCGUGUAUACCUCUAUAGUGUACAUGUGAAGUCUAGGGGUCCGUGUAUAGCUCUAUAGUGUACAUGUGAAGUCUAGGGGUCCGUGUAUAGCUCUAUAGUGUACAUGUGAAGUCUAGGGGUCCGUGUAUAGCUCUAUAGUGUACAUGUGAAGUCUAGGGGUCCGUGUAUAGCUCUAUAGUGUACAUGUGAAGUCUAGGGGUCCGUGUAUAGCUCUAUAGUGUACAUGUGAAGUCUAGGGGUCCCUGUAUACAUCCAUAGGGUACAUGUGAAGUCUAGGGGUCCGUAUAUACCUCUGUAGUGUACAUGUGAAGUCUAGGGGUCCGUAUAUACAUCCCUAACAUACAUACUAUAGGGAUCAGCACUUAAGGCACAAACAUUUCCUGUGUAAAAGUCACAGGGAAGGAUUUGCAUGUUCACAGAUUUUCGUGUGCACUAUGUGUACCUACACAAAUCUGUAGUCUGAGGUGUAGAAAGUCCCCCCCCCCCCCCAUACAAAUCACAGGGUAUACACUCUUACAAUGAUAAAAGUUUGCCCGUCCCCUGUCACCCGGGCCGCCGUCUUGAAGCGGGUGGCUGCCCUGGCGUUGGCAGCCUAUGGAGCCCGCCGGCUGUACCCCAUCUUGAGACAUCUCUGCCUUCACUCCUCUCAGAAACAUAAAGAUUCAAAUGGACUCCAAAAAGGUAAAGGAGCGUCGUCUUCUUCCACGCCCCAAGCCGUGUAUGAGAAAACCGCGGUCAACAAGGUGUUUUUCCGUAGACUGAUCCGUCUACUUAGGCUUCUUUUCCCGAAGUUGGCCUGCAAAGAGUUUGGGUUGCUGGUGUUGCACUCGGCAGCCCUCAUCUCUAGGACUUUCCUCUCAGUAUAUGUGGCCCAGCUGGACGGACGAUUGGCCCGAUGUAUCGUGAAGAAGCAGCCGGCCAGUUUUGCUUAUCAGCUGCUCAAAUGGUUGCUGAUCGCCCUACCCGCCACCUUCAUCAACAGCGCCAUACGUUACCUGGAGGGUCAGCUUUGUUUGGCGUUCCGUACCCGUUUGGUGUCCCAUGCUUACAAGUUGUACUUUGGAAACCAGACUUACUACCGGGUCAGCAACAUGGACGGGCGGUUGCGGAACCCCGACCAGUCUUUGACGGAAGAUGUGGUGGCCUUCGCCAGCUCCGUGGCCCAUCUCUACUCCAACCUGACUAAACCUGUGUUGGACGUAAUCGUGACCACUUACACAUUGAUCAAUACGGCCAAAUCUAAGGGAGCAGGUACCAGGUGGCCAUCUGCCAUUGCAGGACUAGUGGUUGUCAUUACAGCUAAAGUGUUGAGGGGCUGCUCGCCGAAGUUUGGGAAGCUUGUGGCAGAAGAAGCGAAAAGGAAAGGAGAGCUGCGGUACAUGCACUCAAGAGUGGUGGCCAACUCCGAAGAGAUUGCCUUCUAUGGAGGUCAUAAGGUGGAGUUAUCCCUUCUGCAGCAAUGCUACAAGGACUUGUCCUCGCAGAUUAACCUCAUCCUGUGGGAGAGGCUGUGGUAUGUGAUGCUGGAGCAGUUCCUCAUGAAGUACGUGUGGAGCGCGUCUGGCCUUGUCAUGGUGGCAGUGCCCAUCAUCACCGCCACUGGAUAUUCUGAGAGCGACUCAGAGGAAGUGAAGAAGGCAGCGAUGGAGAAGAAAGAAGAGGAACUAAUAGGUGAACGCGCCGAAGCCUUCACCACCGCAAGGAAUCUGCUGACUGCUACGGCUGACGCAACAGAGAGAGUGAUGUCUUCUUACAAAGAGGUGACGGAACUGGCCGGUUACACGGCACGAGUUCACGAGAUGUUCGAGGUCUUUGAGGAUGUACAGAAUGGCGUCUACAGGCGUCUCGGAGAAUCGGAAGGAGACAAUCCCAAGGAAAGAAACCUGAUUCAGCAUGGGAUUCGAAUUGAAGGUCCGCUGGAGAUAAAAGGAAAAGUUGUGGAUGUGGAGAACGGCAUCAUAUGUGAGAAUAUUCCCAUUGUCACCCCAACAGGCGAUGUGGUCGUUGCCAGCCUCAAUAUUCGGGUAGAAGAGGGGAUGCACCUUCUCAUCACUGGACCCAAUGGCUGCGGGAAAAGCUCCCUGUUUCGCAUAUUGGGAGGUCUGUGGCCUGCAUAUAGCGGUGUGCUGUACAAGCCUCCUCCGCAGCACAUGUUUUACAUACCACAGAGGCCUUACAUGUCUGUGGGCACCCUCCGAGAUCAGGUUAUUUACCCUGACACCGCCAGUGACAUGAUGGUGAAAGGCUUCACCGACCAGGACCUGGAAGCCAUCCUGAAUAUUGUCAAUCUGAACUAUCUGGUGCCGCGAGAGGGAGGCUGGGACUCUGUGAGUGACUGGAAAGACGUUCUCUCCGGGGGAGAGAAGCAACGCGUUGGAAUGGCGCGCAUGUUUUACCACAAACCCAAGUACGCCCUCCUGGACGAGUGCACCAGCGCCGUCAGCAUUGACGUGGAAGGCAAGAUCUUCCUAGCUGCAAAGGAUGCCGGGAUCGCCCUGCUGUCCAUCACCCACCGACCUUCUCUCUGGAAGUACCACACUCACUUGCUGCAGUUCGACGGCGAAGGAGGCUGGAAGUUUGAGAAGCUGGACACGGCCGCUCGCCUCUCGCUCACCGAGGAGAAGCAAAGGCUGGAGCAGCAGCUGGCCGGCAUGCCGAAAAUGCAGCAGCGGCUCGGCGAACUGUGCCAGAUCCUGGGAGAAGAUUCGGAGGUGUCCGGCGGCGAAGACGCCCAGAAAGCUGAGCAGCCUGAGUAAGGACAUUCCUGCGCAGGGUCGGCAGCCAUCACUGCGCAGGCUGUCAGGGUGUGUCCAGCCCGCAGCCUCACCAGUACCUGCAGGGUAGCCCCUAUUACCCACACCCACCUUUCAGCCAUUAUUAUUUUAUUUUUUUUUCUAUGAUUUUUUAUUUUAUUUUUUAAGAUUAAUUUUUGCUAGGAUAUAGCAAACCACAAUAACGCAGAUAAUCAUGCACUUUAUAGCCCCCCCGACACCGAAUGUGAUGCCAACUUUAGGCAGGAGUCCUUUCUGUCCUCCGAAACGUAUAGAGGGUUUAGUCCAGAAAAUGUGAAUUAAAUUUGGGGGGGGGGUUAAAUACUUUUGCCCUACCCUUGCCUUCCUUGAUGCGUCCCGCACAGACAUCUUGUUCUGUGCCAUGUGGCGGGACCUGUGCAGGACAACUUCUAUUGCAAAAGUAUUCAGCCCCUAAAAACUCUUGCUCCUCCUAUGCGGAAUAGCAAGAGAGUCCAAACCCACCUCAUAACCCAGACUCUCUUUGGACGCCCAUGUCAAUUUUGGGUUAAAAUAGCUAUUUUAUGGUAAAUUUCACCUUCUGAUUACACAUAAUUAUUGCCCGCCUCAUCGAUGGCACUGCUCCAUGACCAUGAUACAGAUAAUUGGUGCCCGCCUCAUCUAUGGCGCUGCUCCAUAACCAUCAUUCCUUUAUUUAUCGCCGUAGCGAUAGUGCAGGGUUUAAAUGG